AUGGAAGUUGGAAAGCAUGAAAAAGGAAGCGUAUUAAAUGAGAAUUUAGAGGAGAAACUGACGGUCUCUUCUGGUGAUUCUGAAGCCAAACCUCUGAUCUUCACAUUUGUCCCCACUGUCAGAAGACUACCAACCCACUCUCAGUUGGCGGACACCUCUAAAUUCCUUGUUAAAAUUCCUGAGGAACCAAGUGAUAAGAAUCCAGAAACUGUAAAUAGGUCUAAUUUCAAUGAGUACUUGACCUCGAAAGCUGGGAGCCAACGGCAGGGAGACCAAGGGACAUUGACUUAUCCUUCAGAGGUCAGCGGAAAAAUUUCACAAGUAAGAAAAUUUAAAGUAAACGAACCUCAAGGAAUGCAGCAAAGUGGCCUCUUCAAAGCUGAAUAUGUCUUUAUUGUGGACUCUGAAGGGGAAGAUGAAGCUACAAGCAUAAAAAGUGAACAAAGCCCCCCAGGGGAGAUGGGUACCGCAGCUACUCGGCCCACAUCUCUAGCAAUCUCCUCCAACCUGGUCUCUGAUGUGGUGCGCCCCAAAAUACGAGGAACAAACCUCCAGGCCCCAUCACACCCUGAAAUGCCUCAUGGAAUGGCUUCUCAGCAAAAGCAUGGGCAGUUAACUUCUUCUUCCACUACCUCUGAGCAGCUUGCCUGUAAACCACCUGCUUUCUCCUUUGCUUCUCCAACUAAUCAGCCACCGCCACCCGGGCCCGUUGGCCUCGAGGGAGCCUCUGUCCUGCAGGAGUCGCACACUAGGCGGCUGGAUGGCAGUGGGGCCCUGGUGGAAGAAACAGCCACGUAUUUUCAAACUGCCGCUCACUCUUCACCCUUUUUUGCACCGAAGGGCGCCUCCUCGACGUCACAGUUUCCCCAUUCCACUCCGUUACCAGGUUCUAAUUUAUCCAGUCCCAGCGAAGCAGGUCGAGGACCUGGACUGGCCUUGGAUGAGCUGAGGAAGACGACAGCAGCCUCGCAUGGCCUUAGCCCCGGGGAAAGCCUGAGAACAUCUCCACGACCCUCCACUGCUCCUCUGAAGUCGAAUUCAGCCUCCUACAUACCCGUCCGCAUAGUCAUGCACUCCCUCUCUCCAAGUCCAAAACCAUUUACCUCCUCUCUCCAUGGCUCUUCUUCCACGAUCUGUAGCCCAGUGUCAUCUAGUGGAAAUCUCUCAAAAUCAGGGUUGAAAUCCCCGGUGCCCUCCCGGCUUUCUCUUCUCACCGCCAUCCUCAAGUCAAACCCUUCUCAUCAGAGACCCUUGUCCCCCGCAUCCUGUCCCACUUUCUCUCUCAACUCCCUGGCUUCGUCCACACUCACACUUGAUCAAAAAAUAAAGCAAACCCCAUCCACGCCUAAAAAAUCUCUCUCAAGUUGCUCACUGAGAGCUGGGUCUCCCGAGCAAAGGGGACACCAGGGUCCUGAACUUAGCCAGCCAUCCUUCCGCUUACCUUUUUUCACCCAGUCUGCUCCCCUUUCUCAGGCGCUCCCCCUUUCUCCCACAAAACAUGAAAGCAGCAGCCUUGCUUCUUUGAAGGUAGAGAAAACACCAUCAUCCACUUCUUUGAAGAGCAAUCCAGCCCCCUCCCUGCUACAAACAAAUACGAGUCCUGUAGGUCUUCCUCCUGCUCCACGAAGCUUUUCUCCUUUUUCUUGGGAGAGCAAAAGGGGUUCUGACCUCAGGGGUCCAGAAAAGCCCAGGGAUAUCUACACAUAUCCUUCUGCAUCAGCCUCCUCUCCGUUACCUUCCGCAUUUCCCACUAACCAAAGAGCCACACUCCCCUCUCCAGAGAAGAGUUUCUAUCCUUCCCCAACCCUUUCCGACCUGAUACACAGAUCCCAGCGAGCAGCACCACAGCUCUCCGGCCAAGGGCAGAAUCCUUCCGUGCCUCCUUCACGGCCUGUCCCCGGUGCUAGAUCUGCCUCUCUUCCCAAGUUGGGGUCCUCCCCUCUCCCUCAUGCUAAUCUUCCCACCCAGGCGCUCCAGCCCAGUCUUUCAGCACUGCACCCAAAUUGUGGCAUUGGCACCUUGCCUUCAAGACUUGGGAAAUCAGAAAGCUCAAUAUGUGACCAUAGGGCACCUGCUUCAACCCCAUCACCUCCCACCUCUCUAACAAGAAACAAGGAGCCGAUUUCACCUUGUGCAUUUUCCAUGUCAACAGACCCUGAAAAUAAGAAACCCAAGCAGUACAAGACCAGUUCAAGCUACAAGGCUUUUGCAGCAAUCCCUACCAACACAUUGCUUCUGGAACAGAAGGCACUAGAUGAGCCAGCCAAGACCGAAAGUCUCUCCAAGGACAACCCAUUAUACCCACCUCUGGAGUUUUGUUUCCCUGCACAGCUCAGGCAGCAAACUGAAGAGCUCUGUGCUACCAUUGAUAAGGUCUUACAGGAUUCCUUGUCUAUGCAUUCUUCUGGCUCUCCUUCAAGCUCCCUACAGAAAUUGUUGAGUUCGGACACUGUCAAAACGCCUACAACUGUUCCGAGAUCAGCUGGUCGAGAAACCAAAUAUGCAAACCUCUCCUCACCAUCCUCUACAGUAUCGGAGAGUCAGCUGACUAAACCUGGAGUAAUUCGCCCAGCACCUAUAAAAUCCAAAAUAUUACUGAAAAAAGAAGAGGAAGCCUAUGAACCCAACCCUUUCAGUAAAUAUCUGAAAGAUAACAGUGACUUCUUUUCUGAGCAGGAUGUGACAGUCCCUCACAAGCCUGUUUCUCUCCAUCCUUUAUAUCAGACUAGACUCUUUCCUCCUGCUAAGUCCCUGCUGCAUUCACAGACCCUCUCACAUGCCGACUGUCUUACCCCAGGACCCUUCAGUCAUUUGUCCUUCUCAUUGACUGACGAACAGGAGAAUUCCCACACCCUGUUUAGUCACAAUGCAUAUAAUAAGCUGAGUCAUCCAAUGGUGGCUAUUCCUGAACAUGAGACCCUUGAUUCCAAAGAGAUGAGGAAACUGAGGCUGAGGGAAGUCAGCUAAAGCCAAAUAGCUGGAAAGUGUCUGCACAAUCAGGAAUCCAGAUCUGACUGCCUGAAGCCUGUGCUCUUAAGCCCUCUACUGAACCCUAUCUGGCUAUCUUCAGCUAAAUUUCUAUCUGUAUUAUCUAACUCUGUCUCCCUUUUAAAAUAUUUAAAAAUAUUUGCAAUAUAAAAGGAUAAAUUAUCUUUUGUCUUAAUUUGCAUUUUAAAAAUUCUGUAUUUUCUGUCUAUUUUGCUUUUUCACUAAGUUAUACAUUUAUCUACUGGUAUGGCAAUAUUUUUCUUAUUGCAUUGUAAAC